CGCCCACGUCAGGCAGUUUGGUCUCGUGACAUCGGCUAACAGCGUCUGUAGUAGCUAGCGUACCAUGCUAGCUUUGGGUGUAUGAUGAAUAAGUCUAUGUAAGUGACAUGUAAACGAGUUAAAGCGGUUUGCGUUUGCGAAAUAAUCACAACGACGACUAAAGAAAGAUGCUGUCUCGUCUGCUGAAGGAGCACCAGGCGAAGCAAAAUGAGCGGAAGGAGCAGCAGGAGAGGCGAAGACGUGAAGCUAUUGCUGCAGCCACUUGUCUGACAGAAGCCCUGGUGGACCACCUCAACGUUGGUGUUGCCCAGGCAUAUGUAAACCAACGUAAGCUUGACCAUGAGGUGAAGACGCUCCAAGUGCAGGCGAGCCAGUUCUCCAAACAGACUGCUCAGUGGAUCAGCAUGGUGGAGGGUUUCAAUCAAGCCUUAAAGGAAAUUGGGGAUGUGGAGAACUGGGCUCGCAGUAUUGAGAUGGACAUGAGGACGAUUGCCACAGCUCUGGAGUACGUACACAAGGGUCAGCUUCAGUCCACUUGCUCAUAAACCUCGGAGUGUGUUUGGGCCAUGUUUACAGCUGAAAGUAAAUACACUGGAAUCAGCCAAUCUGGUCCAGUUAACUCCUAUCAACAAAUAUCCAGUGCAUCUGUGUCAGCAAAAGUGGACCAAGGCUGACAGUAAUUUGUUCAGAUCAACAUCGAAGGUCUGUUUCAUUUGACGACUAAGCGCUUACUUGGGUGAUUGCUUAUAUUGUGUUAGCAACAUUAUUGCCAAGGUGAGCACACAAUGACGCCAGGUCUAACAAUAUUGAGAGUCAGAGCAUCUUUGUGCAAUCAGGAAUUAGUCACUGAAUAGAGGGAAAAAGUAGUGGAUUUGUAAAGGGGUUGCAUGGACAGAGAAUGUAUGCAACAGGCUGAAAACGCUACAGACAAGCACCUGAUAUCUGAAUUAUUUAUGUCUGUGUUUAUGCAUAACAUGUACACACACACACUGAGAACUGUGCUGUUUCUGUUGGACAACCUUUAAUUCUGUUACCAUUUAGUGAUGGAACAUUAUUUUUAAUAAAGGCAAAAAAAACAAAA